ACUAUGGCCAAGACCAAAGAGCUGUCGAAGGACUCCAUAGACAAAAUUGUAGACCUGCACCAGAUUGGGAAGACUGAAUCUGCAAUAGUUCAUGAUGUGGCGUUGGAGCCAACCAGCUGUAGUUACCAGGAUGUUUUAAACCACCUGGGCCUGAACCGAAGCAAUGAACUAUUCUCCAUGACGCGGCCGGUCAAGCACUACAUGAGGCCCACUCGUGUGUCGCUAGAGUUGCUGCUGUUCGCCAUCCUUGAUGUGAUAGAGAAGGAGCAGAAAUUCAUUCCUUAUGUUUGGACUGUCAUGAGGUGGCACAACGAACACAUCGCCUGGGACCCGCAAAAAUUCUGUGGGAUCAAUAACGUGUCUGUUCCCAUUAACCUUUUGUGGAAGCCGGAUCUCACCAUCGAGGAGACGACGGAGAAGGACAGAGCCCCGGUGAGUCCUUACCUGACCAUCAGUGCCGAUGGCCAGGUGGAGGUCACCAAUGACCAAGUGCUGGUCAGCGUGUGCCGCAUGCAUAUUUACAAGUUUCCCUUCGACAUACAGAGAUGCAAUCUCACCUUCAAGUCCAUCAUACACUCAGUUAAGGAUAUACGCCUGCAGCCCAGCGACAACUCAUCCGAGGCCACCGAAUGGUCUCGCGACUUGAUGCGCACGCAGUAUGAAUGGAUCUUCCUCAACUUGACAGUGACCACUAUCAACGCCAGUUGCCCAGAACACCAGGAUGUCAUUGUCUACACGAUCACCAUGAGGCGGAAACCCAUCCUGUAUGUCGUCACCUUCCUGCUGCCCGUCCUCUUCUUCCUUGCUCUAGACUUGGCCUCCUUCUUCAUCUCUGACGUUGGAGGUGAGAAGCUGAGCUUCAAGGUGACCGUCAUGCUGGCUGUCACCGUUCUGCAGCUCAUCCUCAACGAGAUUCUACCUGCCUCCUCCAACUUCGUCCCUCUCAUAGCCGUGUACUGCAUCGGGAUCUUCACGCUGAUGCUACUCAGCCUGCUGGAGACCAUCUUGGUGAUGCACCUGGUGGAGAAAGACAACAUAAGUGACACGGCCACUGACGGGGAGGGAAAUAGUAAUGUGCAAACCAGUUUCAACAUCCAGCACGGAGAGCUGCACACGAUGAACCAGUGUGGAAUCAUUUAUUCCAUGCCUGAAACUCCAACAGAACUGGUGCCCGUAACUAAAGAGACGCACACGCACACUCACACAACCCUGUCGACAGAAAUACAACAUGCCGGAGGAAUACAGAAGAUUUUUUUUCAGCCAGCACAAGCCACUGUUCCAAACGGUGCCACAGCAACACUAGAAAGGCUGUCCGAUGAGCUGAAGCAGCUGAUUUUGGUGCUCAAAGGCAAGAGAGAGAAGAACAAGUCGGGUCACUGGACACGUGUAGCAGGCAGAAUUAACAGAAUCUUCUUCAUCUUCUAUUUGACUAUGGUCAGCGUCUUUUUGACUAGUCUCUUUUCCAAGUGGACCAGUGACUAGAGCUAAGUAGUGAUUGCUAGUGGAACUGGUGUUUGUCUGUGAUUUCUUUGCUGAGCAUGCUUGAUU